CGUUGUUACCCUUAACAAAGUUCAGAUCAAUCUUAAUGGCCUAUGUUAUGACGAUCGAUUGAAUAAUGAUUGUCAUAUGUGUUACAUCCAAUCGUUUUCAAUGCAGUGAUAAAAUAACAAUAAAAGAUUACAGAAACUAUGAUGAAUAUAAGUAUUAGGAUAGUGUUAAUAUUAUGCAUUUCUGGUGUAUUCUUGUUUGGACUGGAAUUAUACAUAAAGAACUAUCAACAAACAAAUACACUUCGGAAUGAAAAUAACGCGCCUUGUAACAAACUCGUCAACAACGAGCCCGAGGAUUACAUUAUCCCCGAUAUGGAGACUCUCGAAAAAUUGUCUGACCAGCGUUUGAUGCAAAUUUACUGGAAGUACAUCAACAGACUACAAGCAUUUUGUAAAAAUGUGAUUCGGGUUGGUAGCCUGAUGGACGGAGGAAAAGAAAUCUGCAUUGAUGAACAAUUCAAACCAAAGCCACCAUGUCUAGUGUACUCGUUUGGAAUCAAUAACCAGUUCGACUUUGAUAGAGACAUUAACAGAAUGCUUGGGUGUGAUGUAUUCUGCUUUGACCCGAGUAUGAAGAAAAAAAGUUUUCGGGUGGCAGAACGAAUUUGGUUCUUCAAUUGGGGACUAGGUGGAGAUAACUUUGUCAACAAAAAUGGUUGGGAAAUCAAAACAUUGAACGUCAUCAGAAAGGCGCUGAAUCAUACAGAUAGGUCAAUCGACAUAUUAAAGAUUGACAUAGAAGGGGAUGAGUGGUACAGUAUUCCACAGAUGAUCUCAUCCGGGGCUCUUGAUGACGUCAAACAGAUUUCCAUGGAAACACACUACAUACAGCUAGGAGGACAGUUAUGGGGCAGCCAUCCCAUACCUGAAGCUGACGAGUUAUAUACUUUAAGACUUUUAUAUGAUAAGGGAUUUCGAAUUUUUAUGAGGGAAAGAAAUUUGAGUAGUAUGAUGAUGUGGCCAGGUUUUAAUAAUAGCAUUACAAGUGUCAAUGAAAUAUCUUUGAUCAAAUCAAUGAAAUAAAAUUAGAGGAUC